AUGCCUGCAACCACAAAGAAGAAGGCGCAGUUGCACCCCACGACAAAGUCCAAGACCAACGGGAAGUCGCAACACGCGAACAAAGCGAAGCCCAACACCCACGGGAAGUCGCAUCCCACGACAAAAUCAAAGCCCAAGACGCAGCUGCAACACCCGCAGAAGCACAAGACCAACGGGAAGUCGCAUCCCAUGACCAAACCAAAGCCCAAGACGCAGCUGCAGCAACCGCAAAAAAAAUCAAAGCCGAAGGACCCGUCACCUCAACCUGCGAAGAAGUCAAAUACAAAGACGCAGCCUGCACAGGCUCAACAACCUACAGCUCUGAUAGUUGUUUUGGGAAGGAUUGGAGUGGGGAAGAGCUCGUUUAUCAACACCUUGGCGGGAAAUGAUGCCCUGCGAGUCGGUCAUUCGACGGAGAGGGAGACUCGACGGCCGUUGCUUGUGGAGGUUUCUCCUCCUCACUCAGACUCAAAGGCCACUAUCGCACUCCUCGAUACACCUGGGAUCGAUGGCGAUAGACCUGACAGUGCUAAUAAGAUACUCAAAUAUGUUGACGCCUGGUUAAAGAGAAAUCGCAAGGGCAAUGUUUACUUUGGUGGAUUUUUAGUUUUGGAGGAGUCCCAAGCGAUAGAUAGACCAGAGCCACUGUCGCUCCUUGCCAGCGUUAGAUGUCAAUCAUCGCUCGUCUUGACAAAGCUCGGGUACGGCCCACACAACAACGGGCAUCUACACAAUAGUACCAAUGGCAUUGUUUUCGAUCCACCCACACGGGAGAGGGCUUGGCAGAUUGUUAACGAAAUACUUGGACGAUCCACAGGCGCCGCGUCAGUCCGUCUCCACACCGGACUAGUAUUCAAAAAUAUUCUUCGGGAAAUUAAAAAACGUACACCAUCAGCCAUGUCAAGAAUACUCGCAUUGUUCUGCAUCGGAGAGGAAGAGGCAAGGAAGAGGUAG